UCCUAUUUUGCAGAUUUGUGACUUGGAAAAUGCCUAAAAAGAAUUCAUCUAAGAAAUCAAAAUCUGGCCUACAGAAUCUUGAUGUAGCUCGUUGGGAAAUGCCGAAAAAGAGUUCAUCUAAGGCACCAAAACCAGUGUCACUGAAACCGAGCAUAGUAAAGGAGAAACAAUCCUCUACACCCGGGACAUUUGGAAAGGAAAUCGAAGAUAUAUUUUCUAAGAAAAGAAAGAAACCUGAGCAGCAGAAAAUCAAUAAAAUGGCAGAAGGUGUUGCCGGGAAGCCUAGCAAGUUGGAUAAAGAACCCAGUAAAGAUUCAAUAGAUGAUUCAUCAUCUGUGAAACGAAAGAAAAAAAUGAAAAAAUCUGGAGGGUCUAAUGUGGAUAUGUUUGAAAAUGAACAACCUGCUAAACCCAGGAGGAAAACUGCAGACGGACUAACAAUUUACAGAGAAGAAGAGCUAGGGUUCGGUAAGCCAGAUGCCGGAGGCACCCGUCUCUGUCCUUUUGAUUGCGAUUGUUGUUUCUGAUCUUCAAAAAGAUGAGCAUAUUUUAUAUGAUAUGUAGUUUUGAAUUGUAUAAUUCAAGUGCUUGUGCAAUUCUUUUCUUCUA